AUGCGUCUUGAUUUUAUAUCGCCAUGUGAAAAGGAUUAUUUUAAUAUCCGUCUCGAAGAUGAAGUAGUGCGUGGAAGUAUAAUUUUAAAGGAAGGCGAGCUGAUGUGGCCUCCACCUCCGAUCGCUGUUUCGGCCGCGCCACCGGCUGCCGUUGCUAAAGCGCUAAAAAAGGAAGCUUCAACCGCUGAACCGGAAAAGGUGGAUCCUUUUAUGAAAGCUUUCAAGGAGUGCAUGCUUUGCACAACUGCACUUGGAAGUGUCGUUGCGUUGGGAUCUGUAUCACCCGGCCCAGCAUUCACUGCAAUGACUUCUACAUUUGCUUUAUCGGGAUUAGUCGGAUAUCACACAGUUUGGGGUGUAACACCGGCACUUCAUUCUCCAUUAAUGUCUGUCACAAACGCUGUGAGUGGUAUUACAGCGGUAGGCGGCAUGCUUCUGAUGGGUGGCGGUUUAGUUCCACAUACACCAGUUCAGUAUUUGGCAGCAGGAGCAGCAUUUGCUUCCUGUGUCAACAUCGCUGGCGGUUUUUUGGUUACCAGACGUAUGUUAGAUAUGUUCAAACGUCCUGGGGAUCCUCCGGAGUAUGGUGGAUUAUUUGCACUGCCAGCUGUAGCUUUCUUAGGUGGACAUUUGGCAGCUACUCAUUAUGGUUGUCCCGAAGUACAUCAGAUGGCUUAUUUGGCCGCAUCGCUAUGCUGUGUAGGAGCACUUGCAGGUCUUUCAUCACAGAAAACUGCGCGACUAGGAAAUUAUUUAGGAAUGAUUGGCGUAUCUGGUGGUAUAGCUGCAACUUUAGGUCAAUUAGCUCCGGAUAACGAUGUUCUUUUGCAAAUGGCAGCAGUCGCUGGACUGGGAGGAGGCAUCGGGGCCCUCAUAGCUAAACGAAUUCAGAUAACAGACCUACCUCAAUUAGUAGCAGGAUUUCACAGUUUAGUAGGUUUAGCUGCUGUUCUCACAUGUUUCGCAACAUUUUUACAUGAUUAUCCAUCACUGGCAACUGAUCCGUCAGCCUUAGUGCUAAAAACAGCAUUAUUGGGAACGUAUAUUGGAGGAGUAACUUUUAGUGGCUCGCUUGUCGCCUACGGCAAAUUACAAGGAUUACUAUCAUCCAAGCCAUUGUUACUUCCUGGUCGUCACGCUAUUAAUGGUGGGUUAUUAGCUGGAAAUGCUUUGGCAAUGGCAGCAUUCUUUGCAGAUGGCACUUUAGGAACAGGAAUGGCACUUCUUGGAGGUACUGCUGCAAUGUCUACGGCAAUGGGUGUUACUCUAACAGCGGCUAUUGGAGGAGCCGAUAUGCCUGUCGUAAUAACGGUUUUGAACAGCUAUUCGGGGUGGGCAUUGUGUGCCGAAGGAUUUAUGCUAAACAAUAAUCUUAUGACGGUUGUUGGAGCUUUGAUCGGGUCUUCUGGUGCAAUUUUAUCAUAUAUUAUGUGCAAAGCAAUGAACAGAUCACUUCCUAAUGUUAUCCUAGGCGGAUAUGGUACGUCGUCCACUGGUAGUGGACAAGCAGCCGCUAUUACUGGCACUCAUACCGAAGUUGCAGUUCCAAAUGUAAUAGAUAUGAUUUCGCAGGCAAGAAAAAUCGUUAUAACUCCAGGAUAUGGUUUAUGUGUAGCAAAAGCGCAAUAUCCAAUAGCUGAAAUGGCGACACUACUCAAAUCACGCGGAAAACAAGUUCGAUUUGGCAUUCACCCAGUAGCCGGUCGUAUGCCAGGACAACUAAAUGUCUUGCUUGCUGAAGCAGGAGUACCUUAUGACGACGUUCUUGAAAUGGAAGAGAUAAAUGAUGACUUUUCGGAAACAGAUCUCGUCCUCGUGAUCGGAGCCAAUGAUACUGUAAAUAGUGCGGCUGAGGACGAUCCGAACUCUAUUAUCGCCGGAAUGCCGGUAUUAAAAGUUUGGAAUGCUGAUCAGGUUGUUGUGAUGAAACGAUCUCUAGGCGUAGGCUACGCAGCCGUUGAUAAUCCCGUGUUUUACAAGCCUAAUACAUCUAUGUUGCUUGGGGACGCGAAGAAAACAUGUGAAGCAUUACUAGAAGGAAUUCGAGCGAUGGCUUAA